AUGUACCACAGUUUUAGCUCAGAUACUAAAAAGGAGAAAAGGAUUAAGCAUUACAGCAGCAAUCAGAAGAUACUGUUAGUGGGUGAGGGCGACUUCUCUUUUGCUGCUUGUUUAGCCAAUAAGUUUGGCUCUGCAAAGAACUUGGUCGCUACUUCCUUGGACUCCAAAAAGUCAGUGAUCGCCAAGUAUUCAAAUGCAGCACCAAGCAACUUGAAGGAAUUGGAGGACAGGGGAUGUGUAAUAUUGCAUGGGGUGGAUGUCCACAUCAUGAAACAGCACCAUCUUCUAGUUAAUCAACUGUUUGAUCGCAUAGUGUUUAAUUUUCCUCAUGCUGGUUUCAUUCACAGGGAAGAUGAGAAGAGGCAGAUCAAGGUGCAUCAGCAUUUGGUGAGGGGAUUCUUUGCCUGUGCAUGUAAAAUGCUGCAAGUAAAUGGAGAAGUUCAUGUGACUCACAAGACCUCACAUCCAUACAAUGAGUGGGAGAUAGUGAAGUUAGCAAAAGAAUCUGGGUUAUAUCUGGUUGAGGAAGCAUCAUUUUCAACAAGGGAUUAUCCCGGUUAUAUGAACAAGAGAGGAAGUGGGAAGAAAUGCAACCAAACAUUUCAUGUUGGACGGUGUAGCACCUACAAAUUUGCCAAGCUGCCGCUUCAGGAAUUUUCGUUCACCACAUUAUAUGAUUAUUGA